AGCUUAUGUUUGCUGAGAGACUUUGACAGCUCUUUCUUGUGAUGCUCUGGCAGGGAGUUUGCACGGACACAUACAAAUGGCAGGUCACAUGCUUUCAAGGUUUUGGUUGUCAGCUUGCCUUUAUAAUUUUUAUGAAAAUCAUCCAGGAGUUUUACAGGAAGUUGCAACUUGUUUUUUUCUUGCACAGCAAAUAGCACUGAGGUUUCUGGGCUGGAUGUUUGCGAGUUAUGUGUGUGUUAUGGAGAAUGUCAGAGGAAUGUGUUGGGGUUUGUGUCUGUUGUAUUUAAAUGUAUCUGCUUGUGACAAUCCUUUCAUUGCUUGGUAAAUUAAAGGAGGCUUUUAAGGGGGAAAACAAUAAAAGAUGGAACUAUAAUAAAGAUACACUAGUGUCAGAGACAGUAUCAAGAGUCCUUAUGUAAAUAUUGGUGGAGUUAUUAAUCGGACAGGUCUACCUGCGUGACUUAAGGCAGUUGGCAGCAUUUAUGCUCCUAGGGCCCAAGUGUGGAUGAGAGCGAUGAUAUGUCACAGCAUAGCGAGGAGGGCCUGAUCGCAGCCUAUGAACUUGAAAUGCAGCUGGAUGUCUUCAUUUACUGUAAUAAACAUGAAGUGGCAAUGCAGACCCCAGCAGGUCCCAGGGGCCCAUGUGGUUUUAUCCAGAAGGGCAGCAAAAGUAGAUUACAGGGGAUGGUGAGAGAAAAAAUCCCAUUCAAUGUUUCUUGUACAGAAAACAACGUGGAGUCUCUUAUGUUUGCAGAAGGUACAGAGUUGUUGGUGACACAGAAUCACUGCAAAUCAUGUAGCUGAGGCAGAAGGAGGAGAAGGCUGCAGGGAGUGUGGCACUUCAUUCCCAGCAACUUCAGUCUCCUGAUCCUUGCCUCAGCCUUUUGUGCAUACCAAUCAGUCGUAUUGUCAUCGGCUGCAGCACGACAUGUACUUUCUUACAAGCAAUAGCCGACUGAAUGAGCAAGUGGUUGAUAAAAUUAUUCUUCAGCUUAACAGAGUCUACCCCCAAAUUCUUACAAAUGCAGAAGCAGAAAAGUUCAGGAAUCCAAAGGCAUUACUCCAUACCAGACUUUCAGAUCUCAUAAAGCACCUUCAAAAGAAAGGAGACAGACACUGUCAAGAGUUUUACAGAGCUCUACAGAUCAAUGCUGAACAGCUGUAUAAUGACCUGCCAAGCAGGAAGAUCUUGAAAACCACAGAUUCCACAGAGAUAGACACUGACAAGGAGACAUAUAUGCUAAAUGACAGGGGUCCGGUGUUCUUCCUUGCUUGUUUUAGUGUUGCUGCAGGAUUUGCGUUAUUUUGGUAUUGCUGUAACUCAGAUACGAAAGUCAUAGGAAGAGCCAGGAGAAUCUUGGGCUUCUCUCCUAUUAUCAUAGGAAGACACGUUAGAAAUAUUUGUAUGUUGUAUUUGGAAGAUGUUUCCAGAAAUUAAGGAAAAGCUGCCUCUCCACUUGUCUGUACAGUAUACCUGCCAAGGGAAGACAACGGUGCAUGAAUAUUAAUGUACUAUACUCUCAUACCAAAGAUUUUAUUAACUAGCUUCAUCAAUAAUUGUGUUGCCUCAAGAUGUAUUCAGAAUUUCAGCUAUGUAUGUCCUUCCUUAUGGGAAUGGACCAUUUAUUUUUAUAAAUGCUUAUUUUAAAAUAUUUAUCAUUUUGAGAAAAAAUAUUUUUAAUACAAACUUUAAAAUUAUAUCCUAAGUAAUCAUGGGUCUUAAGCCAUGUUUGUGUAUGUGUUUUAUACUGAAAUGAAGGAUCACAACUGUUUAAAGAAUGCUAGCUUGUCUUUUGUGAUAAUUAAUUUAAGAAAAGCACUUAAAAACCCACAUGCACUCGAAGCCUUACUAAGAAGUGGAUCUCCAACUCAGGAUUGUCUAUUUUGUCUAGAUCCUUUGUAUUUACUGCCUGAGCUCAGGUUGGUGCUGGCACCUACAAAGUUUAUCAGUGCCAGUUACCUCUGUGUAUGCCCAGUACUUGCCGUGUUUUCUAAUCUCCUGUUCCUGCCUCAUCCCAGCCUGCCUUGUUAGUGUUCACACUCAGCUGUUGGCCGUGGUUUGAAUGUGCUGGAGCUGGUGCAGACUGGUUCCCAGCCUGUGGAGGGUCCCAGGGACUGGAAUGUCUGUUCUGUAGCACUUCAAACUAUCAAGAAGUUUUUUCAGGUUUAUUUAGCUUUUCCUUUUUCAGUGAAGUGUUUUGCAGUCUGUCUAUCUAAAGAACUGAAGUAAUCCAAGAUACUUUGCAGGGACUUGAGUGCCAUGAUAUGCGGAUUUCUUUAUGGCCAGAAACAUAUAUACUUAAAGAGUCUGAGGUUCAUAAUGUCAUUUGAUGAUCUUAUGUUUUUCUUAUGUGGGUUGAAACCUGAAAGACUUGCAGAAACCAUCGUAAGACUAAAAUUCAUGAGGGAGAUGCAAGGAGCCAGCGCUACAGGUGAAGCAGCUUGGGGUUUCUUCACUUGCUCCUGCCUAGCUCGGUACAAGUGGCAGUAGUUCUGGGCUGUCUCUGAGAAAUGAUGGCUUUGGUGGAUAGUUUGUCAGUUAGCUGCUCAAGAACAUAAGGAGCUCGGGGAGACCAUGUCUCUGUACUUGAUGAGAAAGAUGGUUUGUGGCUCUUCAUUCACUGACUGACUGAAUGAAGAGAUUUCCAGAUCAGAUCAAAUGUCACCUGAAUAAAAACUGCAGCUACAUUACAAGUUACCAUGCACUACAGGAUCCCAUGUGAAAUUUUCAGUCAUUUGGAGUUGGUUUUCUCACAAUAAUCAGACUGAAAAUUGUCUUCCAGCUUUAAACUUUAUUCAUAUAAAUAUAAUAUAUAAAUGUCACCAUCUUCUCCAAAGAAAAUCAUCUUGUAAUAACAGUAUUUCCUUCCAGGACAACAUGCACCUGAUGCAGUAGCAAGGAUACAGUUCAGAGGAG